AUGGCCUCCCGCAGCAAGGGCACCCUCCUGACCGAGUUCAACGCCGCCUACGUGCCCCCCAGCCUCAUGCCCGGGUACCGAGGCCAUGUUCCUGGUAUGGCCUUCUCCUUCGGCUCCCCCUACGGCACCACCACCCUCAAGUACUUCCAGGACCGCCGCAGCACCGCCAUGGAGCAUAGCAAAGGCGGCCACUUCCCCACCAUCUUCUCCCCCAACCCCGACCUCGUGCUCAACAACCGCUUGCACAGCAGGGACCCCUCACCGCGAGCGCCCAGCUACAGCCGCUUCAACCUGGACAGCGACCGUGCCGGCCAGCUCACUCGCUUCUACCAGAUGGCGCAGCAGCACAGGAAGUACUAUCGAGACAAGACGGGCAUGGUGCCCCGGGUUCCCUACUUCAUCCUGCCUGUGAGAGAGCGGGACCGGUACCCCCUCCCCACCGACCUGCCUCCGCUGAGCCCGAAGGACAAGUGGCACCUUUUAAGAGUGUCCCCUGAGAACCUGAAGACCUACCAGACCUUCCCAUCAGGGAAGAGGGUCUCUCCACAAGAGCGGCGGAGCAGAAACUGCUACUUUGAGUUCAGAGCAUGA